CUGAUAAUUCUGUACUUCGUGAAAUAUAUUUUUUGAUUGGGUUAUCAAAUACACGUUCAGUACAGGGAAUUGUCAGGAAGAUGAGCACAUUUCAGGUCACUGGUCUGUCCAGGCGUGGAUCUGGCGCUGCUGGCAUUUUGCCUAAGACUUGUCGUCUGAUCCCCAGGCGUCGCACCCUGACUGUUUGUGUACGCGCAGACAAGGUCGUUGGCAUUGAUCUUGGCACGACAAACUCAGCGGUAGCUGCAAUGGAAGGAGGAAAGCCAACAAUUAUCACUAACGCGGAGGGCGGCCGUACUACACCGUCUGUGGUGGCGUUCACGAAGACUGGAGAUCGCCUAGUGGGCCAGAUUGCAAAGCGACAGGCAGUCGUUAACCCGGAGAACACGUUCUUCUCCGUGAAGCGCUUCAUUGGUCGUCGCAUGUCUGAGGUUGGACAGGAGUCUAGGCAGGUCCCGUACCAGGUUAUCGAGGAUGGUGGAAAUGUAAAAAUCAAGUGUCCGAACGCACAUAAAGACUUUGCCCCUGAGGAGAUCUCUGCACAGGUGUUACGUAAGCUGACUGCAGAUGCAUCAAAGUUCUUAAAUGACAAGGUUGAGAAGGCUGUUAUCACCGUGCCGGCCUAUUUCAAUGACUCACAGCGACAAGCAACGAAGGACGCUGGGAAGAUUGCUGGCCUCGAGGUUUUGCGUAUCAUUAAUGAGCCGACUGCAGCUUCCUUGGCGUAUGGUUUCGACAAAAAGGCAAAUGAGACGAUUCUUGUUUUUGAUCUUGGUGGUGGCACGUUUGAUGUGUCCGUACUAGAGGUUGGCGAUGGCGUGUUUGAGGUGUUGUCAACCAGCGGCGACACACAUCUGGGUGGUGACGAUUUCGACAAGCGAAUUGUGGACUUCUUGGCGGACGAGUUUCAGCGCUCAGAGGGUAUUGAUCUCCGUAAGGACCGCCAAGCGCUGCAGCGCUUGACGGAGGCUGCGGAGAAGGCCAAGAUCGAGCUGAGUUCCCUUACCCAGACCAGUAUUAAUCUACCAUUCAUUACAGCUACCGUGGAUGGGCCCAAGCAUAUCGACAUGCAGCUUACCCGUGCGAAGUUUGAGGAGAUGUGCAACGACCUACUUGAGCGUUGUAAGGUGCCAGUCCAGCAGGCUCUGCGCGACGCUAAGCUGAAAAUCACGGAUAUUCAGGAGGUGAUCCUGGUUGGCGGCUCGACUCGUAUUCCUGCCGUGCAAGACAUUGUUCGGAAGCUGACGGGUGGGAAGGAGCCGAAUGUUUCGGUAAAUCCCGACGAGGUGGUUGCGCUGGGCGCUGCUGUCCAGGCUGGCGUGCUGGCAGGCGAGGUCAGCGAUAUCGUUUUGCUGGAUGUCACGCCAUUAUCGCUUGGCUUGGAGACGCUGGGUGGUGUAAUGACGAAAUUGAUACCCCGGAACACUACCUUGCCGACUAGCAAGUCUGAGGUCUUUUCCACUGCUGCCGAUGGACAGACAAGUGUUGAGAUUAAUGUGCUGCAGGGGGAGCGUGAAUUCGCCCGCGACAACAAAAGUUUGGGCACCUUCCGUCUGGACGGUAUUCCCCCUGCACCGCGUGGAGUUCCACAAAUUGAGGUUAAGUUCGACAUUGACGCCAAUGGGAUACUUUCGGUAACGGCAACAGACAAGGGCACCGGAAAGAAGCAGGACAUCCGCAUCACAGGUGCAUCUACACUAGACAAGUCGGACGUUGACCGCAUGGUCAAGGAGGCCGAGAAAUUUGCUUCAGAAGACAAAAAGCGUCGUGAGAGUGUGGAAUUAAAGAAUCAGGCCGAGACCAUGGUAUAUCAGACGGAGAAACAGCUCAAGGAGUUUGAGGGAAAGGUCACGCCGGAGAUAAAGAUGAAGGUGGAUUCUAAGUUGGCCGACCUCAAGUCUAGCCUGACGUCCGAUGAUGCCGAGGCCGUUAAGGCAGCCAUGAACGCCCUGCAGCAGGAGGUAAUGGCUAUGGGUCAAGCCAUGUACAGCCAGGCUGGACCUAACUCUGGCGCUGGGGCUCAAUCAGGUAGUAGCAGAGGGCCUGAUGACGUCAUCGAUGCUGAGUUUUCGGAUAAGUGAGCAGAGAAAGGGAUAUGUAAUAAAUUGAUUACCCCCAGGUUUGCUGCAAAACUGUGUUAAUGGAGAACAAGUUGUAAUGGAGCUUACGAAGUUGUUGUGAAUUGUUGUGUAAUGGAGCUUACUGAUGGGUAGAGGUCGACUUGUAACUGUGCAUCCAUAUCUGGGAGCUUUACUCGUAUGGGGGAUAUUCUUUUGCUAUACUUUCUUUUGAAAGUAAAUGGAAACGAUAAGGUUAAGGAUAUGAAAAGUAUGGAUGAUGGGUACAAUUGGUACGGGUGUAACGGGUAAUUCUGAAGAUUGUGGCAUGGAAGUUUUGGGUUGCGGAGAUAUCUUUGAUUUGUGACCCAUAAAAACAGUAUCUGAAAGUAAAAGAGUUUGUGACCCAUAAGAGCAGGAUAUGUAUUUAGAAGUGGUUCUUAUGAGCAAGAAAACUGAUUUAUGAAGUAAGCGAUGAUGAGGAACAC